ACGAUUGCAGUUCAAAAUUACGAGGCAAGCUGCCAGAGUAAAUUAAUCUGGUGUAAGUAAUACGUUAAAAAAAUGUCCGGUCUGCUAGUCGCUCUGCCUCUUCAGCUCGCUUGCCAGCUGUAUAGUAAUGGUAAUUUGAGCUACGGGAAUAAUAGUUUUGAUUACACGUCAGCGCCGAAUCAACCCACUGUUCUACCAGCGGGUUAUACCGCGUUUCCAGAUGUCGGAGUAGCCUACAAGCUCCACAAAAAUCAAGUCACGUGGAACACGGGAAGAAAACUGUGUGUCGCUGAUGGUGGGAACUUGGCCGUCAUCGACUCCUUCAAAAAGAACGACUACGUAGCCAGCAUGAAAGGACUUGGUUCACACGUGGGUAUUCAUAGAUUGUUCGAUAAUGUCGAAUGGGUCAGUGUUAAAACUGGUCAACCGCUGAAUUUUAUACCGUGGAGACCAGACCUAGGAUCUGGGCAAUGUGGGGCAAUAUUUAGUGAUGGAAAGGGAGUAGGCCCUUGGAAUUGCAACUCUGUAUUACCGGUCUUGUGUGAGAUUCCAAUGUUCACUAAUCGCGAUAAUGAGACAGAAAUCGCCCAGAAGCAAAUGGUCGCGUUAGUCCGCAAUAAUUAACUCAUCGAGAACGUACCUAUUUCUUCGAUCAUGGACAACACUCUGGGUCAAAAUGAUUUUGUCUAAUUUUUUAUGCACCAUUUCAAAUAUACGAGUGCGAUCUACCUGAAAAGUUUCAGGGGCAUACUUUCACUAUCUUAACAUAUGAUAGCGUAGUUUAGAAUUAUAAAUAUGACUUAAAAAUCUGAAU